AAUUACGGCCUUGAUUUCAAUUUGUAUUGUAUUUACAUGCGAUCCACAUUGACAUUCCACAUACCAUGCGCGUGGCGAUUAGGUACUGCUCAGAAUGUGUUGUGUGUUGUGUACCGUGCCGUUCUCUUGCUGAAUUUCGCUCGUAUUUUGAUAAUUGCUGUGCAUUUUUUUAUACAUUACUAAGAUUUUAGGAACUGCUUGUUGACCAUAACAAUUGACCAUGGACAUGGAGUCUUCAGUUAUUCGAAAAGAAGCUGAGCAUGCUAGUAAUGACAGGAGGAAUGGUGAUAAAGCCAGCAAAGCAAAUGGAGCAGCAAUAGACCCCACUAUCAAGGAACUGUGCUCUACUGAAGAGAUUGAUGCUCUGUACAAGAAGCUUUCUGUGGAUGAGGAGAGGCUGGAAUCGGAGAUGGAGGCGCUGCUGGACCAGCGCUGCCACCUGGGCGCCAAGAUGGCUGGCCUGCAGAAGAUGGCACCCAGCCUGCAGUUUGUGCACGCCGACGCAGACCAGCUGAGCAAGAUGAUCUCUUUCACCACCACCCUUGCCAUCGACGUGUCGGCCAAGGUCCGCCAGCUCGACAGGGCCAAGACGCGUGUGGCCGCCGCGCAGCAGCGGGUCAAUGACCUACUCGACCUCAAGUCGUGUGCCGAGGGCGUACAAACAGCUCUACAAGCCGAGGACUUUGAGCAGGCCGCCGCGCACGUGCACCGCUUUCUGGCCAUCGACGAGUCGGUGGUGCGUCUCUCUGAGGCGGGCGAGGCGGCUGCCGGCCGCGCGGGGGAUAGUCUCAGCUCGGCUUUUGCGCUCCUUCACAAGGCUGAAGUGGAACUGCACGCGGCCGUUGGCGCGCGAUUCAGUGAGGCUGUUAAAGCGGAGGACUUGGCGUCGAUCGAGAGGUUUUUCAAGAUAUUCCCUCUGCUCAACCGACAUGAUGAGGGAGUGAAGAGGUUCGCCGAGUAUCUCUGCAGUAAGCUGGAGGCCAGCGCUGCCAAAAACCUGCGUGAAGCCGAGCGGACGGGUCCGAGCGAGCCGCGCGCUGCCGUCAUCUGGUCUGACACUGCCACACUGCUGUUCGAGGGCAUCGCGCGACUGGUGGAGAUCCACCAGCCCAUCAUAGAGACAUUCUACGGUCCUGGCUGGCUGAUGGCCACCAUCGAACUGCUGCAGGCCUCCUGUGACAAACAGGUCUCCAAGAUCGUGGCCAGCUUCAACAAACACAGAUCCAUCGACGCAAAGGUGGCCCGCGUCCGGGAGAGUCUGCGCGCGGUUCGCUCGGGUACCGCCGGAUCGUCGGCCGGUACGCCCACCCUGGACCCGCGCGAGCUGGACCCGCUGCUGGCAGAGCUGACCAUCCUGCACGCGCGCACAGAGCUAUACGUGCGCUUUGUCCGGCGGCGAGUGAUGAAUGACAUCGAGGUCGGCUUUUUCGACAACGAGCGGGCUGAAAAGACGGCGAAGCUGGAGAGCAUCAUCAAGGACAGCGAUCUGAGCCGCUGCAUGCAGGAGCUGGUCGGGCAGUAUAUCACUCUGGAGAGUUACUACGUGACCGAGUGUAUCAGCAAGGCGGUGAAGCUGGACACCAUCGAGGAGGGAUCACUCACCUCCAGCAUGGUCGACGACGUCUUCUUCAUCAUCAAAAAGUGCAUCAGGCGUGCCCUCUCGGGCGGCAGCGUGGACGGCACGUGCGCCAUGAUCAACAUCGCCUCCACACUGCUGGAGACGGAGUUCUGCUCUGUUCUGGAGCGACACCUGCGUCAGGGCUUCCCGUCCGGUUACCUGGACCUGAGUCAGGCAUACAGCGUGCUCCAAACCAGCCUGCAGCAGGGCAAACUGCACACCACCGACACGGAUGCGCAGAAAACGCAGUUCCUGACGGCGCUGAAUAACGCGCGCGCCAGUCAGGAGUACGUCUCGUCUCUCUGCACCACACUGCGCCAGGAGGUAGCCGCCCAGCUGACAGGCAGCUCCAGCCACGAGCGGGACAAACUCGAGUCGUGCGUGGCGGGACUGCAGGCGGUGUCCUCUCGGUUCGCCACCCUGGCCGAGGUCGGACUCAAACAGCUGCUCUCCAGCGCCAUCAAGCCGCGGGUGAAGCCCUGGGUGGACGGAUUCACGGCCGUCAGCCAUGAUAUCACAGAGGACGAGUUUUCUCAGUACGAGGCGGACGACCCGUUCGUGAACCAGCUGGUGGUGCGUGUGGACGGCCUGCUGGCCUCCUUCCGGGACACCCUGCUGCCCGCCUCCAGCCAGGCGCUGGUGCGAGCUGUCAUUGAGGAGGUGGCCGCGCAGCUGGAGAAGAACAUCAUGAAGUCGCGCUUCAACCGGCUGGGCGGCCUGCAGCUGGACAAGGAGGUACGCACGCUGACCGCCUACCUGGCCUCGGUGACCACCUGGUCCGAGCGGGACCGGAUGGCGCGGCUAUCCCAGAUCGCCACUCUGCUCAACAUGGAGGAGGUGUCUGAAAUCAGCGACUACUGGGGCGUCUCCUCCACCAUGACUUGGAAGCUCAGCUCUGCAGAGGCGCGGAAGGUCAUGCUACUCAGAGUCGACUUUAAACCGGAGGACGUUAAGAGGCUGAAGUUGUGAGAAAUGACGUUGAAGUCGGUGUUGGCUGCGAGAGGAGAAAGCCGGAAUCGAUAAAUUCCGGUAUACGUUCAUACAGCUCUCCGUGCUGGUGAUAAGGAAGGCGGAAGUUUAGGCUCAUUCCAAUUAAAUGGCGAAGCACGGGUGUGGGUGACCCGCACUGUUUGUGUUCGUGUGUGGAGUGGCGGGAUUGAUCGCUUGACGUGCUGCUCGUUGAACGCCCGCAACGUCUUAUUAUUAACUUAUCGGGAGAUGUUGAUUGACAUGCUAUGCUGUUGUUAAAGGUUUGUGACGGUUGUAUAAAUAUAUUGUUACUUUAUUUG